UGAAAACCCAAGGCAAAAAACUAAAACCAGAACCACAAAGCAGGAUGCCGAAAGCAAGAAAACAGCGUGGAAAAAAGCAUUCAUCCAAGAAGGAUGUUGAAACAGAAGAGGUGCAGACUGAGAUUGGCGACCAAGUUCCUCCUACAACCGUUGAAGAAGGACAAGAAGAAAGUGGAUUUCAAGUCAAUCCUUACACGAAUGAGCCAGUGCAACCGUUUCUCGGUGCAUUAGAUCCUGAAGAAGAAAAAUACUUUCAAGAAGCCGAGAAGGCUUUCGUGAAUCAUUUUACACGCAGCAAUGAAGAGACGCGAUUUUUUAUCGACAGCGUUUAUCGGGAAAUUAAAGGAAAAGAAUUAAUCGUUUUAAAUAAUGUAUUUGGCUCUAAGGUGAUGGAGCAUAUGUUUCCUUUGGCAACGACUAGCCAGAUUAAGUCUAUCUUUUCGUCUAUGAAUGGACAUUAUCUAGAAGUUGUUCAAACAACAUUUGGUUCUUAUGCCUUUGAAAAGCUUUUGAGUCAUAUGGCUUAUAUUGUCGAUUUGGAAACAAGAGGGGCGUUGGACAAUGAAGAAGAAAUGUUGGAAGGAGAAGAUCAAGUAUUCAGCACGGCAGAGUCACUAGUGAUGUACAUGUGCAAUGAAAUACGACCAGAUUUCUCUUUGCUUAUCAACCAUAAGCUUGCCGUGCACGUUCUCCAUAAAAUUCUAAUGUUAUUAGAUGGAUAUCGGUUUGUGUACGCCGAGGGUCGUCGCGAAUCCAUGGUACAAAUACGCGUUCCUGAAACUUUUCCCCAGUUUGCCUACUCCAUUAUUGAUAGUGCGGCGGAGAAUUUAACUGCUUUAGAAUUGCGGAAUUACUGUGUUGAUCGCUAUGCGUCUAAGAUCAUGCAAGCAUUCGUACGUAUCGACUUUGAGCGAGCACAAGGUGGGAAAAAGAAAAAGGUUGCUCCUUUAGUCGAUAAAUUACUACUUUCUUCGGAUAAUAAUCUGAAGGAAUUACCAUUCUUGGAUACCUUAUUGAAAGAUGAAGCUGCUUCUCGGAUUUUGGAGAUCAUUAUAGAGAAGAUGCCGAAUGCACAACUUCCAAGAUUCAGAGAAGCUUGGGAAGGCCGCUUUUAUCGACUUUGCACGCACCCAAUUGCCAACUUCGUCAUGCAACGUUAUAUCAAUCGACUUCCCGUGGAAGAACUUGGACACGUAGUACAGGAAUUGAAGCAAGGUUCUGAUAAUGUAGUACGCAAAUCAUUCUUGGCAGUCUUGAAGACUCUCCUACAAAGAUGUAACGCUCUUCAAGCUUACCAACAUGAUUUAGCUUCUUUGAUAUUUGCGUCCGCCGAGGAAAAUGAAAAGAAGAAAAACAUAAUUCCUAUCCUUUUGCGCUCAAAGCAUAAAAGAGACAUGUCUGAUCCUGAAAAUAAGAGAAAGCUGGUUAAUAAUAUGCUAGGCGCACAGUUGUUAGAAGAAUUCCUGAACGGUCCCAAAGAAUAUGUUGAAGUAAUUUUAAAUAAUCUGUUGGAGCUCAGCCAUGACCAAUUAAUGGAAUACUGUCAAGAGAGUGUUUCAUCUCGUUUGAUUGAAAGUAUCUCAGAUUGGCCAGCCUUAGAUCUCAUUUUCAAGAAGAAGUUUUUGAAUAUGUUUUCAGAUACGAUUGUAGAAUUGUCUAUUUCGGCGUCGGGCUCUCAUAUUGUUGACAAGCUUUGGAAGCUAUCACGCGGAUUACCUCUUUACAGGACGCGUAUUGUUCAGGAGCUUGUCCAAGGUGGUGACAAAGUUAAAUUCGACUUUUACGGGAAAAAGGUAUGGUCGAACUGGAAAGCGGAACUAUUCCGCCGUGCUCCAGAUGAGUGGUAUCGGUUUAUGAAGCAGGAUGAGCCUGUGAAGCGAGUUCAUGAAAAAGCUCGCAAUACGCCAGGAUCGUCAGCAAACUCACAACCACUACGUAAAAGACCAAACAUGGAAGAAGGCACAAAUGAAACAGAUAAGCGCAUUCGGGCUUAGUGUUUUUGUUUGCAGCAUUACGAAAAAAAAAGAACAACUUUAUUUAUACUCAAUUUGGGGACUAGGUUUCAUUUUUUUGGCUUUUAUAUUGUUUACAUUUUAGAGAGAUUACUAAUAAAGCUAUCAUUUUGAUUAUUAAACAGUUAUGUAGAUUUAUCAAAUUUUGAAAAGUUC